AUGGUGCUGAUGGGACGGCAUGCGGUACCGCCGUCGCUGUCGUUGCACGAUUUUUAUCAUCCGCUUCGGGCGGAUCGCCUGACUCCCCCAUCACCGAGCCAUAGCAUUGAGACAGCCAGGCACAAGCGGCAAACGUCGGAAACGUUGCUCGAGUGGCCUACGUCCUUGUCGGUGCAUCUACUUACUGGUCAAAUCUUUGUGCUGGACUCGAAUAUCGUCUAUCAACUCGAUCGAGCUCAGGAUGCAGCUGAAAUAGUCGUUGGUGCAUUGACAACGUGUCAAAAUGCUUCUUCCCGACACAUUGUGCGAAAUGCACGCGACAUUGCCGCAGCCACCGAUGGGUCCCUGUAUAUUAUCGAAUCGGAUGGGAAAAAGAUGAACCAGGUACGUCGUCUGUCUGCCGAUCGGACGAGUUUUCCGGUAAUUGCUGGUCGGAAAACGGCAUGCGCAUGUGAUGUGGUGGCUUGCGGCUGUGACGACGCAGCAUCACCAACGUCUGUCAUCUCAGUGAAAAUGGCGCUCUUCAGCUCUCCUUCAGCAGUCAGUGUCGACGCCCUCGGUCGCGUUUACGUCGCCGACGCCGUGAACGCGAAGGUAAAGAGAAUAACGCCCCGUACCGCACAAUACGAUUCCAUUGCUCGGCAGUACAGCGUCGUUGACGUGGAUCGAAAUGAGCUAUACACGUUUAAUCGAUACGGCCUUCACACAUCAACUCAAUCGCUGAUUACUGGAGCGGUGCUAUACAAUUUCACAUACAAUGUGGAUACCAGGUCCGUAGAAUACACCACAAUAGUCACUACUUGCUACUAUGUAAAUAAAGUUGGAGUUAUACCUCGCUAA